CAACCUGCAGUUGUCUUGCAGCCUUUUCACCUAGUUUGGUAACCAUAACUGCUAUCCAGUGCACAAAGGUAUUGACCGGAAAGCAGUUGUACGUCAAUCACGUUUAGACAACAACAACAGAGUGAUGGGGCGGUAGCUGUACAACAACCUUACGCAACUCACCGCCGGUCUACUUGUCUUGUAAAGCGAUGGCGACCAGGUUGACUGUGAUCAGACUAUGUCCGGGGGUUUCCCGGGGACUUCUUCGGCCCCAGAUCGCCGAGGUCCGGGUGACUCCGGUCCGGGUGAAGGUGGACAUGGCGCGGGCGGCUGUUGCCGCGGACAAGGCCGACGCCCAGCCCGCCGAUGUUCCCGCCGAUGUCCCCGAAGUUAAGUCCCGGUUUGACAUCCGGCAUGACUACGGGGAACAAGUCCGACAGUUUCCGAUCGUUUCCCUCAACUUUGACGACGCCUUGGAGGCCUACAAGAGUAAAACCACGCGGGAAAUUCUGCGGGCUUUGCUUGUCUUCAAGUUGUGUUCUUUCGAUAUCAUCGUGAGAAACAACACUCAGCUGAUGAAGCUCGGCCGCCGUGUCCUGGGGAGGCGCCUGUUCAAAAACUGCAUGAAGGCCACGUUUUACGGGCACUUUGUGGCGGGGGAGGACCAGGAGAGCAUCAAGCCCCUAAUCAAGAGGAUGGAGAAGUUCGGAGUCGGGUCUAUCCUCGAUUACUCCGUGGAGGAGGAUCUGUCUAGGGACGAGGCUGUGUCUGCGGAGAUGGACUCCUGUGUGUCUUCAGCCGAACCCGACCAGUCAGAAAUCCACAGCGAGAAGUUUAAGGCUCACGAGGAGUUUGGUGACCGUCGGGAGGACGUGGUCAGCGCCAGAACGUACUUCUACGAGGACGAACACAAGUGUGACGAAAACGUCAAAAUCUUCCUCAACUGUAUCAAGGCUGCAGGUUAUUCCAGCACCGACGGCUUCGCUGCCAUCAAACUGACCGCUCUUGGCCGACCCCAACUGUUGCUACAAUUGUCGGAUGUUCUCUCGACAACGAGGCAGUUUUUCGAGGUGCUGACGACGGCAGAAGAGAAGCUUCCGUGGGUGAAACGCAAACUGACGAAGGAGGUGUUCCAGAACCGGCUGGAGGAGCUGGGAGUACCGAUGAGCAGGGACGAGUCGGGCUGGUGGUUCACCUGGAUGGACCAGGACGCUUCUGGUGAUGUAGACCUGUUGGAGUGGAACCAGAUGCUGAAGCCUAGUCACAGCCUACGGAAGCUGUUUGUGGUGCCGAACAUCGAGACAGGCGAGUUGGAGCCGGCCAUGUCCUCCAUCACUGAGGAGGAGGAGGUGCAGAUGAAGAACAUGCUGCAGCGCAUGAACAUGUUAGCUGAGGCUGCACAGGAGCACGGUGUUCGUCUGAUGGUGGACGCCGAGCAGACGUAUUUCCAGCCCGCCAUCGCGCGUCUGACUGUGGAGAUGAUGAGGAAGUUUAACCGUACCAGACCUGUCAUCUUCAACACCUACCAGUGCUACCUCAAGGAUGCGUACAACAACCUGUACGCGGACAUGGACCUGGCGCGGAAGGAGGGCUGGCACUUCGGCUGUAAGCUGGUGCGCGGCGCCUACAUGGAACAGGAGCGGAAACGGGCAGAGGCCGUCGGCUACGAGGAUCCCAUCAACCCAGACUACGAGGCAACUAACAGAAUGUACCACAAGUGUCUGGACCACAUGCUGACCCGGAUAGACAAGUACGGAGACAUUAAUGUCAUGGUGGCCAGUCACAAUGAGGACACCGUCAAACACACGGUGCAGAGAAUGCGAGAACUGAACAUCUCACCAGCAGACCAAACGGUGUACUUUGGGCAGCUACUGGGGAUGUGUGACCAGGUGUCCUUCCCUCUGGGCCAGGCCGGGUACCCUGUGUUCAAAUACGUCCCGUACGGUCCGGUGGAGGAGGUUCUUCCGUACCUGUCCCGCCGAGCCCAGGAGAACUCGGCCAUCCUGAAGGGGGCGUACAAGGAGCGCUCGCUUCUCUGGACCGAGCUCACAAGAAGACUCUCCCACCUCGAGUUCGCUCACAAUCCAGAUAAAGUACAACAGUAGGGGGUUCAGGGGAGGUUUGUUUCACCAUACUGUAAAUUACUUUACAUUUGCGGUAGCAAAAUUUCACGGUCUGAGAAAAAUGGACAUGUUCGUGGAAAUAUAUGUUUGUGGUGGCGGUAGGUGCGAAAGAAAAAGUUGACGACUUAAUUGUUUGUGGUAAUGACAAACUUGCGGUACAGAAGUGACUGCGAAAACCGUGAAUAUAAAAGUACCACAAAAUGUAAAGGGAUUUACACUACAGUAGUUUGAUACAGUAGUUUGAUACAUGCGUAUGUCAGGGCUCGAAAUACACUUUUCUGCAUAUCUGCACUGGUGCAGGCAACAGUGAAAAUUACUUGCACCUGAUAAAUUAUGCCUGCACCACUACUCAGAAUUUACGAAGUACAUAGUAUAUUACAUGUACUAAAACUGUUCCGAAGCCAUCAUAGGUGAGAACAGUCAAUAAUGAAGCAGUUAAUAAAAGUCUUACACAUACAUGUACAAAAAUGUAUAAUAUAUAAUAAACCCUGUACAGAGACUAGUUCAGGUAAACUUCAGAAACACCUGCACAGCUCCAAUUUAACCUGCACUAACCUGCACCAUAGAUAUGUACUAGGUAGUAUUUUGAGCCCUAUAUUGUACAAUGUAAACAGUGGCAAAUUGUACAUUGGUGAGAUGGACGAAAAUGUGGGUCUGUGUCUACCUCAACGUUCUGCACAACCAAUGCACAGAAUGUGUGAUUGGACUUCGCAAUUGGGGAGAGAGGGAGAGGGGGGGUCUUCCACACUUGAGGACAGAUGUAUCGGGCUAGCUCAGAGGGGGGGGGGUACAACU